GGCACAAGUCUAUACAUGCAGUGCUAGUGCAGUGUGAUUUGAAGUCGGUGAAUCUCUCUCUCGCUAUCGAAUAAAGAAUGGCAGCAAAACCAGCAAUGCAGCUUUCUUCAAGAUUUGGUGUUCUUCGAGUAGAUGACUCUCAAGACCUUGAUUCGGAUGAAGACAUGACUGCACAACGAAGGAAAGAGAAAGAAGUCAAAGCAGCUGUGGAAGCAGCAAAGAAAAGGGCCAAGAAGAAGAAGAAGGCACAACAGCAGAGCAAUACUAAAAACGAGCUGCGGGAAAUGGCUUUCACCAAGAUUGCCUGUGUUCCCAAGGCUCUAGCAUCAAGUCCUCCAGUCAGCAAGCCGGUCAUCGUUCAUCCAGAGGUCUUAAAGAUUGGAUCUCCUCCUGAGGGGAGUAAGGACUAUGAACAUUGGCAUUCUAAAGAUCAAGAGUUUGUAGAUGGGCAAUACCAACACGACAUUCAGAGGGCCAUACUUCAAAGCAAACUGGAAUUCGAGAAAAGAGAGAAGUUUAUGCAAGAAGUUGGGCCUGAAAUGCUUGAGGCGGAAGAUGAUCUGUCAAAAUAUCCACAGACGAAUCGGAGGGAGAGACGAAAGCACUUACAAGGCAAAGAGAAGCCCCAGCCAAUGAGCUUACAGGAGUUCCAUCAAGAAGCAUCGAGAGGGAGUGGUGAUGUCGGUCUGGAUGAAAUAGAGUUACCUCAGCCUCCUGAAGAAAACAAGGAAAUCUUCACCAGUGUGAAAGAAGAAAUCAACAGAGUCAUGGCAAAGGAAAAGAAGAAGACAAGAAAGAAAAGAGAUUCAGAAUCAAAUGAGAAGCACAACCAAGAGAUAGACAGCAUACGACAAGUACAGAAAGAAGAUAAGUUGGAGAAGAAGACAGCUGAAGUUACUGAGCUGCAUGAGUCAAUAGACCAAUUAAAGGAAGAGUUGACUCAAGUAAAGAAGAGAAAUAAACAACUAUGUUUCAUUCUAGGGCAAGGAGAAAUGAAAGAUAAAGCAGCUGUUUUAAUCCAAGUGGAGGAGCUAAUAACAGAGAAGGAUGAGCUUACUGCAGAGGUUGCCGAAUUAUAUGCAGCCCUGGAGCAAGAGAAAUCCAAAGUAACCACUCUGAGAGCUGAAAUACAAAAGCUACAUGAAAAGACUGAUAAGAAGAAAUAGACAAUCCAACCUUCCAAGUGGAAACGGGUCUGACUUUUUUGUGUUUUAUUUGGAGUCUAGACCAAGAAUUACUCGAGGAAGGAUGAGGAGAGCACAAAUCAGAGAGCACGACGUUUGAUUUUAUGACAGGCGGACUUAAAAACAGACAAUAUGCAUGCAAACGGACUUCAGUAAAGGUUAUGUUCAGCUUCCUGCAAGCAUCUUUUUUAAUUCAUGUGGAAUAUUAAAUGAUCAGCUCAAAAUAAUCAAGCUUUUAAAAACGUUCGGUAGUUGGUACGAGAAUUCAUUUUUUAACCUUCAGUGUACUUGUCCCAAGAGAUUGUUUAUUUUCAAGAAGAGGAUCUGAUUAGUAAGGUGAUGCUGUCUUCAUGUACAUGGAAUUAGGUAAGAGAUCUUAACUGUAUACUGCCCUAGAAGUUAAAUCCUAUUCUCCUUUAAUAGGUCCAUGUCAGUAUUUUGUAGUGUUUUAAAAGCUUAAAAUAAUAUUUGAGAAUUUAAAUAAAAUGUUCUUUCCUCUACCACCAAUUCUGAAAGCUAAUCAAUGCUGUUUUGUUGACUAUGUAAUUUUAGAGUGCAACAUACAUUACAAGUAUUUUUUAAGAGUGCCAUUGAAGUCAAGAAACUACAGAUACCUUUGGGACUACAAAAAAAAAUCAACUUGGGAAGUCUAAAUAACACAUUUUGCAUAGUUUGGUCAAAAAGAAUUAAUUGACUUGACAAGAUGGUAAACGUAGAAAAUGUUACUUAUGCGACUCUGAGUUAGGCAGAUUUAAAUGUAUAUGUAAGGAAAUGUUUGUCAACAUUGAAACAUUGUCCUUGUUAGCAGAUACUGAUUUCUAUUUGAACUGUACUAAGAGUGUACCAAGGCGAUUCCGUGUUAGAAAAAUCCUAAAAAAUAAAAGUUAGAUUUUGUUGGCCACCACUGUAAUCAUAUUUGACUUUAACACAUAAAGAAACUAGAUAAGCCAACUAGAUUGACCACAUAUGUUUUUUUCAUAUUUCAAUACAUAUUGCCAUUUUUAUCCUUCAGUAUAUGGAAGAUUCUUAUCUCUUUAAUGUUCUAAUAUUGUUUUGUUAGAUGGUGCUCAUUUAAGAAGAAACACCAUGACUUUGAUUGUGAUAGGCAAGCAAUAGGGACCCGUACAACAUAUCGUUCGGAAGAUAUUAAUCUUACAAGUGCAUUUUUUAAAUGAAAGACAUUUUCAAUGUGAAAGACGUAUUGAAGUCUUCUUUGAUAGCUAGACUCUCAAUUUAUUACAUUUUUCAGAGAUAUUUUUCGCAAUGCAACUCAUUGAGCAUAAACUUCAACUUCCAGAUAAUCACAUUUUCUUUGUCCCAUACGACAUAUGAUACUUUUAGCUCUCUAUUGUCAAGAAAGGAAUUUUUACAGUUGGUUUUCAUAUUUUCUUGGGGCCACAUGGUAGUACUGUACUAUAACCAUAAAACUAAUCUUCACUGUUGAUUCCUUUUCUUUCAAGUCAAGAAAAUGUUGCCUAAAUAUCUUAAUGUCCUAUUACAACUAAGGAAUUGCCCACCAAUCAUCUACAUGUAGGUAAAAAGAAAAAAAUCAACCUAAAAAGACGUUACCUGGCAUUAAAUAGGUAAAUGGUUAACGAAUAUGAAGAAAACAAAGGAUAACUUUGAGCCAUGCGUAUAGGAACCUAAGUUGGACAUGGGUUUUGUGCAAGCCCCAAGUAGUCUACUCAACAAGAUGUUUUACAGUUCACUGGGAGUGUAUUUAAACUGCAAUAUCUCUUUAUAGAAGAAAUAUUUAAAGCUUGUAGUUUGACAAUCAUGAUGGUAUAACAACAUGGAAUCCCUUACAUCAAGUGUAAAACCUGUUUUGGGGAUUGGUACACUUUAACAUAAUACGAGCUGUAUCAUCUGUGAUAAUUGUCUUAAGUGUAUUCACAAGGGCUAGAAUAUUUUAGGAGAGAAAAGUGUGUGUUUACUUACAAAACAGUACAUCAGAGAAAAGAAUAGUAUGUAAAAAUCUAGAUACAUUCUUGGUGACCAAAAGAAGGGGUAGCGUUCAUGUAAUGUUUUUAUUCUGUGACUAGAUUUCAAAAAGUUUUAAAAAGGACAACUUAUUCACCUUUGUCAACUGAAAUGGUAUAUGCAUCUAUCAGAAGAACACAAGAUAAGAAUGCAUUUUAUUGUUUUACCAAAGUUUAUGAUCUUUCUUGUUCAAAUAAACACUACAUUUCUUUUGCAAA